GAUGUCCCAGACGUCCUCUGCCGACGAGGGGGCCACCUUCGAGCACCUCUGGAGCUCCCUGGAGCCAGACAGCACCUACUUCGACCUUGCCUCGUCCAGCCGGGGGAAUAAUGAGGCGGCGGGCAGCGCGGAGACCAGCAUGGACGUCUUCCACCUUCAGGGCAUGACCACGUCUGUCAUGUCCCAGUUCAAUUUGCUGAGCAGCACCAUGGACCAGAUGAGCAGCCGCGCAGCCUCGGCCAGCCCCUACCCCCCGGAGCACGCCGCCAGCGUGCCCACCCACUCGCCCUACGCCCAGCCCAGCUCCACCUUUGACACCAUGUCGCCCGCGCCUGUCAUCCCCUCCAACACCGACUACCCCGGCCCCCACCACUUCGAGGUCACCUUCCAGCAGUCCAGCACAGCCAAGUCGGCCACCUGGACGUACUCCCCGCUGCUGAAGAAGCUGUACUGCCAAAUCGCCAAGACCUGCCCCAUCCAGAUCAAGGUGUCCAGCCCGCCGCCCCCAGGCACCGCCAUCCGCGCCAUGCCCGUGUACAAGAAGGCGGAGCACGUGACGGAGGUGGUGAAGCGCUGCCCCAACCACGAGCUGGGCCGGGACUUCAAUGAAGGACAGUCCGCGCCGGCCAGCCACCUCAUCCGCGUGGAGGGCAACAACCUCUCCCAGUACGUGGAGGACCCCGUGACCGGCCGGCAAAGCGUCAUGGUGCCCUACGAGCCCCCACAGGUGGGGACGGAGUUCACCACCAUCCUGUACAACUUCAUGUGCAACAGCAGCUGCGUGGGCGGCAUGAACCGGCGGCCCAUCCUCAUCAUCAUCACGCUGGAGGCGCGGGACGGACAGGUGCUGGGCCGGCGGUCCUUCGAGGGCCGCAUCUGUGCCUGCCCCGGCCGGGACCGCAAGGCCGACGAGGACCACUACCGGGAGCAGCAGGCCCUGAACGAGAGCGCCGCCAAGAACGGGGCCGCCAGCAAGCGAGCCUUCAAGCAGAGCCCCCCGGCCAUCCCUGCCCUGGGCACCAACGUGAAGAAGCGGCGGCACGGGGACGAGGACAUGUUCUACAUGCACGUGCGGGGCCGCGAGAACUUCGAGAUCCUGAUGAAGGUCAAGGAGAGCCUGGAGCUGAUGGAGCUGGUGCCGCAGCAGCUGGUCGACUCCUACCGGCAGCAGCAGCAGCAGCUCCUGCAGAGGCCGAGCCACCUGCAGCCGGCGUCCUACGGGCCGGUGCUCUCGCCAGUGAGCAAAGUACACGGGUCCGUGAACAAGCUGCCCCCCGUCGCUCAGCUGGUGGGCCAGCCGCCCCCGCACAGCACGGCCGCCGGGCCCAACCUGGGGCCCAUGGGCCCCGGGAUACUCAACAAUCACGGCCACGCCUUGCCAGCCAACGGGGAGAUGAACGGAGCACACGGCUCGCAGCCCAUGGUCUCGGGGUCCCACUGCACCCCACCACCCCCCUACCAUGCCGACCCCAGCCUGGUCAGUUUCUUAACGGGAUUGGGGUGUCCCAACUGCAUCGAGUAUUUCACCUCCCAAGGGCUGCAGAACAUUUACCACCUGCAGAACCUGACCAUAGAGGACCUGGGGGCGCUGAAGAUCCCGGACCAGUACCGCAUGACCAUCUGGCGGGGCCUCCAGGACCUGAAGCAGAGCCACGACUACGGGGGCGCCCCGCAGCUGAUCCGCACCAGCAGCAACGCAGCCACCAUCUCCAUCGGAGGCGCCGGGGAGCUGCAGCGCCAGCGCGUCAUGGAGGCCGUGCACUUCCGCGUGCGCCACACCAUCACCAUCCCCAACCGCGGAGCGGCUGGCCCGGAUGAGUGGGCGGACUUCGGCUUCGACCUCCCGGACUGCAAGUCGCGCCGCCAGCCCAUCAAGGAGGAGCUGACGGAGAGAGAGAUCCACUGAGGCGCCCGCG